UGUUGUUGUGCAGAGCUGCAGAAGGCCUGCUAGAGCCAGCUACUGCACUGCUGCUGUUUUGGAAAGAGAGAGAGAGAGAGAGAGAAAGGGAGAGAGAGUGAAAAGGAAGAGGAGGACAGACAAAGCGGAUUGAGACUGUGGGAGCUUGUGUGUUCAUUUCAUCACCAUUUAAGAACCAACCAAGGAGGACAGAGAACAGGAGGAAAGAGAGUCAAAAAACUACUCUGAAAAAGCGAAAGUGAAAUAGAGGGUGAAGGAGGUAAAGGAAGGGAGGAAGCUGGGUCUGAGGAAAGGCGUCUGACAUUGCUUGUCUCGCUUCACACGCAGGAAGAUUUCUGCUCAGCCAGCCCACAGCUGCUUUUUCCCCCUUACUACUCUUGGAGCGUUGUCCUCCAUCCUUUCUUCUCCUCUGAGCAAGAGGAGGAGAGCUAGAAGGAGAAAGAGAGGAGGAGGAGGGGAGGCAGCCCCCCCUCCCCCUUACACAGACACACGGCACAGAACGAAGGGAGAGAGAGAGAGAAGCAGAGAAAAGAGAGCCUGUUCCUUGCCGUCUCUCUGUCGUCCCUCGGCGAGCGAGCGGCUAACAGGCACCGCUCAUGUCCAUGAACUCAGAGAAAUCCUCGUCCCCCGAAAGGCCUGAGACCCAGCAAAAAGCCCCGGUGUCUGCCCCCACUCCCCCGCCUCCCCCUCCAGCCCCCCCUGAGCCGGCCGUCCCCCCAGAGCCAGAGGAGGAGAUCCUAGGCUCUGACGAUGAGGAGCAGGAGGACCCCGCAGACUACUGCAAAGGUGGAUACCAUCCGGUGAAGAUAGGGGACUUGUUCAAUGGGAGGUAUCAUGUGAUCCGCAAGCUGGGCUGGGGUCACUUCUCCACCGUAUGGCUGUGCUGGGACAUCCAGGUAAAGAACUUUGUGGCGAUGAAGGUGGUGAAGAGUGCUCAGCAUUACACAGAGACAGCCCUGGAUGAGAUCAAACUGCUCAGAUGUGUGAGAGAGAGUGACCCCUCUGACCAAAACAAAGAAAUGGUGGUUCAGCUGAUAGAUGACUUCAAGAUCUCUGGAAUCAACGGAAUACAUGUGUGUAUGGUGUUUGAGGUUCUGGGACACCACCUUCUAAAGUGGAUCAUCAAGUCCAACUACCAGGGCCUUCCUCUUCCAUGUGUUAAGAGUAUUAUCAAACAGGUUCUGCAGGGCUUGGACUACCUCCACAGCAAGUGUAAGAUCAUCCACACAGACAUCAAGCCGGAGAACAUCCUGAUGUGUGUGGACGAUGCGUUUGUCCGCCGCAUGGCCGUGGAAGCCACAGAGUGGCAGAAGGCUGGGGCGCCCCCGCCCUCUGGAUCUGCAGUCAGCACAGCACCACAAGCCAAACCGGUGGGGAAGAUCUCUAAGAACAAGAAGAAGAAGCUGAAGAAAAAACAGAAGCGUCAGACCGAGCUGUUGGAGAUACGCAUGCGGGAGAUCGAGGCCCUGGAGAGAGAGGCUGAGAAACAGAGGGCCACAGAGGGCCCCGAUGGUGAGGGGGAUACACACUCCCCAAAACACACACCCCGCAACGCGGCAUUGGGGCCCGCCGUCGCACUGGGCGAGAGUGAUGACGACGACGAUGAUGACGAUGAAGAGGAUGGMGACGAGGAGGAAGAAGGAGAGACAGAGAGGGAGAGGCCAACCAGGCUAACCAAUCACACCUGUGCAGCCACACCUCAGGAGCAGUCAGAGGUGCCCCCCACCCCAGAGGCAGCAGCAGAGCCAGAGGGGGAGCCCACCCCCAGCCCUACCCCAGAGACAGAGACACAGAACCCCACACCCACCACCACUACACCUGGGGAUAGCAACGGAGCUACCGCAAAUCCAGAGGGAGAGGGGGACAAAGAGGAGGUUAAGGAAGAGAAUGACAAUGAGGAGGUGGAGGARGAAGAUGGGGAAGAAGAGGAUGAGGAUGAAGAGGACUUGGUUACAGCUCCUGCCGAAAAAGAUGAGAAAGCGGAACCAAGAACAGAGGAGGCGGUAAAGGGUGAGGAGACCAAGGAGCAGGAAAAGGACAAAGAGGAAGAGGAUGAGUACGAUGAUGACGAUGACGACGACGAUGAUGAUGACGAUGAUGAUGAAGACGACGAUGCUGAUGAAACAGAAACGGGUGCUGACGACCUCACUAACACCAUCUCCACCACCAUGGGACACAACAACAACACCCCCAAAACCAAUGGCCAUGUCCUCCUAGAGGGUGAGGAGAGGGACAGGGAGAGAUGUCCCAGAGCCAACCCCCCAGCCUCUACCCCCUCACCCAUCCCUCUGCGCUGCCCCCUGGUAGAGUCAGAGAUCAGCUGCACGGAUAGGGAUCAAAGCUCCCUCAGCUCCUCCUACGAGCUCUUCAAUGGCGAGGUGGUCACGCCAGGCCUGACCAACGGGGCGCAGCGCCACAGGGGCACGGUGCCACGCUUCCCCGACCUGCCUCUGGACCCUGACCCGGGUAGCCCCGUCACAGUGUGCGAAGCUGGUCAACCGGGGUCCGGGACUUCCCCUCACAGCCCCACUGCAGACCGCAGUCGUACUGUGUCGUCCUCAAGCACUGGGGACACGCCUAAAGAUGAUGUAGUUCUMGCCAAGGCCAAAGCAGCAGACCUCCUGGUCAACCCCCUGGACCCUCGCAACGCUGACACACUCCGAGUCAAGAUAGCUGACCUGGGCAACGCCUGCUGGGUGCACAAGCACUUCACAGAGGAUAUUCAAACCAGACAGUACCGCUCCAUAGAGGUCCUGAUAGGAGCUGGGUACAGCACUCCUGCUGACAUCUGGAGCACCGCCUGCAUGGCAUUUGAGCUGGCUACAGGAGACUACCUGUUUGAGCCCCACUCUGGGGAGGACUACUCCAGGGAUGAGGACCAUAUAGCCCACAUCAUUGAGCUGCUGGGCAUUAUUCCACGGCACUUUGCACUCUCCGGAAAAUAUUCCCGGGAGUUCUUCAACCGAAGAGGUGAACUGAGGCACAUCACCAAGCUGAAGCCCUGGUCUCUGUUUGAUGUGUUGGUGGAGAAGUACGGCUGGGCACCAGAGGACGCCGGCCACUUCACCCACUUCCUGCUGCCCAUGCUGGAGAUGGUCCCAGAGAAGAGGGCGUCAGCCGGGGACUGCCUCAGCCACCCCUGGCUCAACUCGUAGCGACACCAACCCCCCCUCUAGUGGCAGCCUCCACAACCUGCUCAAAGCCAGGCCCUCGAGGCUGGAGAGAGAGAGGGAGGGUGUGGGGGGGUACAGGGGGUUCCCUUUUCUCGGUCCCUCCCUGCCUUGUCCUGAGCCCGCCACACACAUACACAUAGACAUACACACAUGCAACAGACGCCCACAGAGCCUCAGCAGAAACCACAAAGCUGUCAAAGACCAGACCGAGAGAGGCUGCUCCCUCUGCUGUCCUCCCCAUAGGUCCCAUACAACCCCUCGCAGGAAGAAUAGAGGGCCCCAGGAAGGGAGUUGGAUGGAGUCAAACUCCCACAGUUCUAAACAGGCAGGACAGAGCUCCGGAUAAGCAGAGAACCCAUUCUCUGCUUAUGGGUUCUCUGCUUAUGGGUUCUCUGCUACACAACAUGAGCAGCCAUGGUCAGGACUAUGUCUCCUACUUAGAAAGACCAAUUCAGUCUAAACAGAGACUAAGCCACCCAUAUGAAUGGGUUCUCUGCAAUAUCCCAGCCAGUUUUCUCCUGUCCAGUCUUCUCCUGUCUUAUCCGGAGCAUAAUGGGUUUCCCAUUAGAAGUCAAUAAGAACCUCUGUCAGAAUGCUGACUGUGUGAUUGCUCCAUCUGCCUGACCUUACAGCAGCACAGCCCAAACUUGCUGAGGCAGAAGUGUGUUUAUGUGUGUUUGUGUAUAUAUGUGAGUGUUUGUUAUUAGUGUGUGUCUACACUGCCCAGUCUGUAGGUGUGUGAACGUCCCUCUCCUACAAAGGAGAAGCCACAACACUUCCAGAUUAGGAGUUGCCCUUUUACCCUACUCUUCCUCUCCUCAUCUCUCUCCAGCCCCUGCCCCACUCCCUCUCUCUGUAGGGGUACCUCAGGCCCCUGCUCCCCCUCCAUGCCCAGGACUGAAACAGUGUCACUGAACUGUUUACAGCCCCCCCCCCCCAAGCUUCAGUCCCCUCCCCACCCAGCCACCAACACUGAGCUGCAUGCCAGUCCCGGCCACUGCAGAGACACGGAGGGCAGCCAGCCCACCAGGGGUCUCCAGAACUGAACCGCUGCCACACAGACAGACAAACAGGGCACGGAACAAACAAAGAUCCUAAAAGACUGAUGAUCGAUGAACCGGACUGCUUCUUCUGUAAAGAGUUUCUCUGUCGUGAAAAAGAGUGAAAUGCAUGAAGGCUGAUUGAUUGACAGGACGGGAUGAUGAUGAUGGACAGGUGUUACUUAGUUGUGCGUUGGUUCAUUUGUUUUUUAUCAAUGUUUUUGUUUUCUUCUCCUGUGUUUUAUUUUGAAGCCACUUGCGCUAACCUUUUUGGUGCCUCGUGUGAGGAUAGCAAAGUUCCUCAUGUUCACUUUUUCAAAUCCUUCCUCCCUUUAACCGUUGACAUUCCUGAUCCAGUCACACCAUUCCUCUCUUCCUCUUUAUCCCAAAAACAAGAACAAUCGUUGAGUCCCUGUGGCGUGGCAGCUUUACCAGAUCUGAUUAUCCCCCUUAUUACCUACAGACGAAACUCUCCAUCUUUGAUCCUGAGCUUCUCCAGAAGGGGUUCGUCAAAUGGAGGUUGCACUUGUCUUUGUAGGAUGUCGUUCAGGGAUUUACCUUCACAUUUGACCUUUUAGUCAUUUAGCAGACGCUCUUAUCCAGAGCGACUUACAGUAGUGAGUGCAUACAUUUUACUUAUUCGUACUGGUCCCCUGUGGGAAUCAAACCCACAACCCUGGCGUUGCAAGCACCAUGCUCUACCAACUGAGCCACCUUUGUACAUAACUCUAAGAUCCGGCUCCGGAGAGACGACCGACUGACAGAUUUGAAACAAUGCACGCAUCAUUCCUAAAAGAGGCUGUCACGGACACUGGCCCAGAGCAGACAGUGGCGAGAGGCUGAACCACUCUGGAGGCCACUAAGUGGAAUGUGAAACUGCACCACUUUGUGGUUGAUGAGGGUACUGCAUUGAUGCACUGCAGCAUCUCUGUGCCAAUGCUCCAUACGUUCCACUCCACUGCUCUCUCACACUCAUCACAAUUAAGAGUCCAGUUGCCUAUUUUUCGCAAUAAAAUAAAAAUAAGUAUGUAAAGGGUGAGAUAUUUUUUUAACUAUUUAAUUUAAUGUAAAAAAAGAAGCAAAUUUCUCUGUGACAGUGACUGAAUCUCGUCCUAUUGAGGUGAUUGUGUUGGUUUGUUUAGAGAUGUUUUUAAUUUCUUUUGUAAUUAUUACUGUCACUAUUAUUCUGAUUAGUUAUUUUCUACUCAGUUGUUACCUCUUCCUCCCCUACUAUAUGGACAACGCUGCUCUGAUUGGACUUGUGACAGUGAAGAAAAGAARAAAAAAAAAGWUUUUUUUUUUUGGUCACCAAAAGCUCCUGAUCUCUCUCUCAGCCAUGCUGACUGUUCUUCCUGACAGAAUUGCGUCUCUUGUCUGUGUUUUUCAUUGACAGAUUUAAUAAAAUUGUAAAUUAAUGGAG